AUGAGGUGUAACUUGGAUAAACAGUUUGGUAAAUUCCUUGAUUAUCUCAGGGAAAUUACUAUCACUAUACCAUUUGUGGAUGCUAUUAAGGACAUGCCAACUUGGGGUAAAUUUUUGAAGGAUAUUAUUAGUCAUAAGAGCAAGCUUGAAGAUUAUGGCUUAGUAUCUCUUAUUAAAGAAUCCAAGGCUAUGUACUCCAAGUCUCCACCAAAGCUUAAGGAUCUAGGUUCAUUUAUAGUUCCUUGUGCAAUAGGAGGUACGCCUUUUGAUAAAGCUUUAUGUGAUAUUGGUGCUAGUGUUAGUCUUAUGCCUUACUCUAUUUACAAAAGGCUUAAUUUGGAUGAACUAAAGCCUACCAAUAUAUGUUUUUCCAUGGCGGACAAAUCUGUCACAUAUCCACUUGGCAUUUUAGAAAAUGUGCUAACAAAAGUGGGAAAGUUUAUAAUACCAGCUGACUUUGUUGGAAAUGGAGGAAGAUCUUGA